AUGCCAGAAGCGUGCACAUCAUUCCCUCCGUUAACGGUGUUGUUGCUGGUGGUGUUGACUCUGUUUCCAUUAGGUCAAAAGCAGAGUCUCUGUUUGACGCUGAACAGCGAAGGCUUGGCGCUGCUAGCGUUGAGGGAGAGGGUAGUGAAGGACCCUUUCGGGGCAUUAGCAAGCUGGAAUGGCGAAGGCAUUGAUCCAUGCUCGUGGUUCGGGGUUGAGUGUUCCCAUGGCAAUGUUGUCAGACUGAAUUUAAAAGACCUUUAUCUUGAAGGAACACUAGCACCAGAAAUUGGCAAGCUGGCUCACAUAAAAUCAAUCAUUUUGCGCAACAAUUCUUUCUUUGGAGAAAUUCCAAAGGAGAUAUUACAUUUAGAGAAGUUGGAAGUUCUUGAUUUUGGAUACAAUAAUUUUACUGGACCACUUCCAUUUGACCUUGGCAGUAUUCCAUCACUCACAACCCUUUUAUUGGAUAACAAUGACUAUAUAGGUAACUUAUCUCCAGAACGGUAUAAGCUCAAGAUGAUUUCUGAAUUGGAUGUUAAUGAAGAACAACUGACUGGUGCCACCACUAGAGAAGCAUUUGUUGGAAGAUGUAAUUUAUGUCACAUUGGCCAAGAUGGGGAUAGAGCAUACAGGAGGCAACUUCUCAAGGUAACAAAUGCAGCUAAUACACUCAGAAUCCAAAGGGAUGAUAACCAAGAGAUACUUAAACAAUCACCAUCACGUUUUCCCUCUUCAUUAUCACCAAAUUCUGAGCCUUUCUCACCAACACAAUUUUCAUCAUCAGAAAGCCCCUCAAAUUUACCAUCAACAUCAGCUUCAGUUUCAUAUUCACCAUCACCAUCUCAUUCCAGUAUUUUUUUCACUCCUUCUCCUUCAUCGAUAGUGUUACCAAGUCCAGAUAUAACCCCCCCAGCUAACCCACCUACCAUUGUGUCUACACCUCCACAGUUUAACUGGGCUUCAGCACCUUCCCCUUCUCCAUUUUCUAACGAAGGGAAUACAAAACGUUUCAAUCUGAUGCAUCAUUCUGUGAUAAUAUGGUCUACAGUUGGGUGCUUCUCCUUAUUGAUUUUGGUGUUAGCCAUUACUCUUACGUGCUUCCAAAGUAGGAAGGUUGUGACUGUUAAACCUUGGUCCACAGGGUUGAGUGGCCAGCUGCAGAAAGCUUUUGUAACAGGUGUGCCAAAUCUCAAAAGAGCAGAACUUGAAGUAGCUUGUGAAUAUUUCAGCAACAUCAUUGGUUCUCUGCCAGAUGGAACUAUGUAUAAGGGGACUCUCUCCAGUGGAGUUGAGAUAGCUGUAGCAUCAGUGACCACAUCUCAAAACUGGUCAAAAUGUAUGGAAGCUCAAUUUCGAAAGAAGAUUGCAACAUUAUCCAGAGUGAACCACAAGAAUUUUGUGAAUCUUAUUGGGUACUGUGAAGAGAAUAAACCAUUCACAAGAAUGAUGGUUUUUGAGUACGCUUCAAAUGGAACGCUCUGUGAGCAUCUACACCUUAGAGAAGCAGAAGAACUAGACUGGAGAAUGAGAAUGAGAAUGAGGAUAGCUAUGGGAAUAGCGUACUGCCUAGAGCAUAUGCAUGAGCUGAAGCCACCCAUUGUCCACAAAAACCUGCAAUCUUCCUCUAUAUACCUAACUGAAGAUUAUGCUGCUAAAAUUUCAGAUCUUAGUUUCUGGAAUGACAUAGUUGCUAUAAGGAAGGGGCCUGCAACCGCACAACUCUUGGAAACACCAUCAGCACAUAUAGAGGACAAUGUCUAUAGCUUUGGGAUAAUAUUAUUUGAGUUAGUAACAGGAAAAAUUCCCCAUGCUAUAGACAAUGGCCUUUUGGCAGAUUGGGCAGCAGAAUAUGUAUGGAGAGGAAAACCCUUAAGAGAUGUUGUGGAUCCAGGACUGAACUGCUUACAAGAAGAAGAGAUUGAGGAAUGGUCUGAAAUGAUAAGAAAUUGUGUACAUCCAGAUCCAGAAAAAAGGCCAACUAUGAAAGAAGUUACAGCUAGGCUUAAGGAAAUCACAGCUAUGGGGCCUGAUGGAGCAAAUCCAAAAUCAUCACCACUUUGGUGGGCAGAAAUGGCAAUUACGUCCAUUGAUUCAAGUUGAGACAUUAAUCUUAUAACCAAAAUAAAAGU